AUGCAACUAUACUUCCGCAUACAUUUUUUUUACUCUUCACUAAAUAUGUCUUCCUGAAUUAGCGCUGCACGUACUGAAGCAUCGAAACUGUACGUCCGUCGCUACUUUAUUGGACUAAAACACCAUUAGUUCAAUAUUCGUGUCCGGAUAAACUCUUUUCAGUGAACGUUGAAGCUCCUCAAGCGAGUCGAGCUUAGCUUAGCUUGCUAGCCGCUAACAAAGAGACGCCUUCUUUUGUCAGAAACGCAUCGCUCAGCAGAGAUCAAGUGUGACGGUAAAGUGCUGCGAUUGUCGCGUGGGGAAAAUGUGCGCAAAACGUGUGAAGGAAGAAGAGUACGAGACGGAAAUUUCUCGGGCAAAAGAGAAGGAACGAAAACGGCGGGACGCUGUUUGCAAGCAGCCUGGAGAUGAGUUCCACGCAGCAGACGUCAGUGAAGACUAUCUUCGUCCCGAGCAGCAGGGACCAGAGUGCGCCCACUUCAAGGAGGAGGAGGAGGAGCCUUGGCCUCCUCACCUUAAAGACGAAGAGCAGGAGGAUGACAUCACCAAGUUGCCAUUGACUGGUGUCAUUGUGAAGAGUGAAGAAGGUGACGGCGACCGCUGUGGAGGAGUCCAAUCGGACAGACUCGCCGCUCCACAUUCAGAUCGUGACAGCAUAACGUCACACUCAUCUGACAAUGACAAUGAUGAUGAGAAUGAUGAUGAGGAGGAAGACUCGAAAGACAUCAGUGACCAUCUUCGUCCCGAGCAGCAGAAGCCAGAGCGCCCUCGUAGGGAAGAAGAGGAGGAGCCAGUGCGCCCACUCAUUAAAGAGGAAGAACAGGCAAACGACAUCGCCAAGGUUCCAUUUACCGGUGUCAUUGUGAAGAGUGAAGAAGCUGAUGGAGGAGCCCAAUCAGAUGACCUCUCAGCGCCACUCUCAGAUAGUGACAACUUAAUGUCCCACUCCCACGACACUGAUGAUGAGGACGAUGUCACAUGUCACACUAACAACAAAAGCGUGAAAUGUUCUGAGUGUGACAAAACGUUUUACAACAAGUCAUUGUUAAAAAUACACACACGAACGCACACCGGAGAAAAACCGUUUGCCUGCUUGGUUUGUGGGAAAAAAUUCUCACGAAAGGAAAAUUUGAACAUACAUACAAGAACACACACUGGGGAAAAACCUUUUGUCUGUGCGGAUUGUGGUAAAACAUUUUCUGUGAAGACAAGUUUAACAACGCACGCAAGAACACACACUGGUGAGAAACCUUUUGCCUGCUCAGUUUGUGGUCAAAGAUUCGCUCAAAGAUGCACUUUGACAGCACACACAAGAACACACACUGGUGAAAAACCUUUCGCCUGUUCAGUUUGUCAUAAAAGAUUCUCAAAAAAUACAAAUUUAACAGCACACAGUAGAACACACACUGGUGGGAAACCUUUUGCUUGCUCAGUUUGUGGUAAAAGGUUCUCUUUAAAGACAAACCUAAUCAUGCACACAAGAACACACACUGGAGAAAAACCUUUUGCCUGUUCAGUUUGUGAUAAAAGAUUCUCUAGAGAGGGAGGUUUAAGUAUUCACAAAAGAACACAUGCUGGAGAGAAACGGUUUGCGUGCUCAGUUUGUGGUAAAAGAUUCUCUCGAAAGGGAGCUGUAAGAAUACACAAAAGAACACACACUGGUGAGAAACCUUUUGUCUGCUCAGUCUGUGGCUUCAGUUUUAUUGAUCGUUCAGGAUUGGUUAAACACAUGAAAACACAUUCUGGAAACCAUAUUCCUGUUCGUCUUGUGGCAAAACAUUCUCUAUGAAGACAAUGAAGUGAUGCCUUGGGCUCUUGUAAAUAAAGAAGUAUAUCAUC